CUCUUUUCCUCUCUCUUUAUUUAUCCCUUUUCUUUCCUUUUCGCCUCCCCCCUCCCCCUCAUUUUUAUAUUUUUUUUUAUACUCUCCUUUUUUUUUUAAUAAAUAUGAGCUCUCAGGCUAUUGUCUAUGCAGUUCAUAAUUUCGAAGCUGAAAAUGAGGAUGAAAUUAACUUUUCAAUUGGAGAAGCGAUUACCGUACUCGAAAAAGACGAAAAAUACCUUGACGGUUGGUGGCAGGGAAAAAACUUGAGAGGCGAAACGGGCCUCUUUCCCAUGAAUUACACUUCACCAGAAAAACCGAUCUUAGAGGAAGCAACACCUUAUAUGCCCAGUCCACAUUUAUCUUCUCGUUCAUCUGGAUCAACAAUAGAAGACGAGAUAGAUCAGGCCCUUUCUCAAUUACAAGUCACUUCAAACAAUACAACGGAACAUUGGGAUGUGCAACAAGUAUCAGACUGGUUGAAAUCAGUUGGGUUAGAUUCGGUGUCAGCAAACUUUAUUGACCAAGAAAUCACGGGUGAUAUCUUGCUGGAUCUCAAUAUAGAAACAUUAAAAGAGUUGGGUAUCAAUACGUUUGGUAAAAGAUACAAGGUUAUGCAGGCCAUUACUUUAUUAAAAGAACGAGAUACAAAACCGACUCCAAACACAUCCGUUUCCACUAGUGCCAUCUCACGUCCCACCAGUAGACGAUCCAUCCCUACCAGUUUACGUCGCUCCAAUUCACAGACACUAUCCACCACCACCACCACCACCACUGCCGCUGAAGACACCUCUCUUUAUCAGUUUCCCAGAAAGGCUCCGCUACCACCUAGUAUUAAUUUAUCUCCGCCUACAAAGCCAAUCGAUUUAAUGAGACCUAUUUCCCCUCAAAGCCUAAACUCUUCCAUCAGUCGAUCAAACACAUUUAAUACCGUUUCAUCCGGUGGUACUUUAAAAAGCAGAGAACUCAGUCCCGAUCCAAAGGGCUUCCAAAGUCCACGCAGAGUAUUAUCUCAAAAGAGCCAGAGUACCACAGACAGCAGCAAAAGUGAUUGGCCCGUCAUGAACGAGAGUAAUAUACCAACCACGUCUACUUCAACACCAAGACAACCAAUGCAAAUAUCAAAUGCUCACAAAUUAUCGGUUUCCUCGUUUGAAGAGCCAUCUGCUCGUACUUCCACUUCAGACGCCUUUCAAGCUCCUGAGCAUGAAGGCUGGUUACAUAAGCAAGGCGAUAAAUACAAGACCUGGAACAAGAGAUGGUUUGUCCUCAAGGGCACUAAUUUGUUCUAUUUCAAGAGUCCCAAGGAUGUGCGUAUGAAGGGUAUUAUUAACUUACGUGGUUAUAAAAUCAUUGUGGAUGAAGCCAUCCACGCCGGCAAAUACUGUUUCAAGGCUCAACAUGAUCGCGAGCGGACCUUUUUUUUCUACACCGAUACGGAAGAGUCGAUGCGUGUCUGGCUCAAGAUGUUGAUGAAGACCACCAUUGCUCGCGACUUUCGAGCACCUGUCAUGUCGUCGAAUCAUAUCGCUACCGUGUCGCUGGAUGUAGCACGCCGUAUGCGACCCAGACCUCCUUCUGUCAUCAUGUACAAAAACCAAAAGCAGCUUAAAAUGAUGAACGCCGACCAAAAAAUGACAAUGUUGGAAGAAGAAGAAGAAUCGAAUUAUAUACCAAUUGAUGAUCAUCAUCAUGUCCACCCUACGCUUGUGUCACAAUAUCGCCAAACUCGUGAAUCAGGCAUCACUAUCCACCCAGCUGAGCAACAACAGCAGCAUGAUAUCCCUCAAUUGCCCUCUCGCUAUCCUGUACCUACUUCAAACCCAAUGAUAUUAAGUGACGAAGAAGAAGACCUGAUUGAUCCUCAGCAUCGUAGUUUACCUUUAAGCAGCUCGCUCAGUAUCACUUCCAGCUUAUCCAACAGUUCGACAAGCGAUGAAUGGACGAUUGCUCAGUAUAUUGACUGGAUCAAUUCUUUCUUACCCGCUGGUAAAAAAGCCAUUGAUCUUACAAGUGCUUUCCGUAAUGGCGAUACAUUGAUUCAACUUUUGGAAGCCAUUAGUGGUAAAGAAGUCCGUCGCCCUCCUACACAAAAGGGUGGCUCUAUGAGUGUUCUUAUGCUGGAUAAUAUCGUAUCUGCCUUUAAAUUUAUGGGACGCGAAGGUGUCGAAGUGGAUGGCCGCUACACAAUCAAAGAUGUUUUUGGUGGUAAUGAAGCCAAAAUUAUUACCAUGCUAGAUGCCAUUAAAGUCUGGGCAGACGCAAAUUAUGCCACACAAGAACCCCAAUUAAAAACCUCUGCACCAAUUGCCAAGAACAGUGGAUGGAGAGCUUCAGCCAUGAUGGAACAUCCACGUAGUUUAUCUGACGAAGGCUUUUAAAACCUCCUUUCCUUUUUUUUUUUUUUUUUAAUAUUAACUAAUUAUUAUUAUCCAACUUAUUACAUACACAUUUUAUCUAUAGACUUUCCUUCUUUCUUAAAAAACUACCCAACUUCUCCAUUCCUUUCGAUUAUAUACAUUCAUUUUCUCUUCUAAACCCUCCCCUUUUUUUAUCUUAUAUAUUAUAUACAAUUUCAAUCUAUUAUUCAACUCACACAAUAUACUCUGGCAUUUCUUCCCCAUUGCAAUUAUUUCUCUUACUAUAUUAAAGUUAUCCUUUUUGAAAGCACGUUGACAACACCAACUGUGGAUUGAAAACACUUUUUUAUUUAUGGAACGGC